AUGGCGCCGCAACAGAAGGGCUUCUCGUGGUCCAACAUCGCCGUUGGAUCCAUCAUGAACAUUUGCGAGGUGACGACGCUGGGCCAGCCCCUCGAGGUGAUCAAGACACAAAUGGCCUCGAACCGACAACAGACCAUGAUGCAGGCGCUCAAGACUGUCUCGUCUCGCGGAGGAGUUCUGGGCUUCUACCAGGGACUCAUCCCCUGGGCGUGGAUCGAGGCGUCGACCAAGGGUGCCGUCUUGCUAUUCACCGCAGCUGAGGUUGAGAAGGUUGCCAAGAACGCCGGCUUCUCCUCAGGCUCGGCUGGGUUGCUCGGAGGAAUGACCGGUGGUAUCGCACAGGCCUACGCCACCAUGGGCUUCUGCACGUGCAUGAAGACCGCCGAGAUCACGCGCCACAAGCAGGCCGAAGCUGGCAUCAAGCCCCCGUCCACCUGGGCCGUCUUUGCCGACAUCUACCGCCGCGAGGGUCUCAAGGGCAUCAACAAGGGUGUCAAUGCCGUCGCGGUGCGUCAGUGCACCAACUGGGGCUCGCGAAUGGGUUUCGCCCGCUUGGCCGAAUCGCCCAUCCGCAGCCUCUCUGGAAAGACGGAGAAGGACAAACUCAACGCUGCUGAACGCAUCGCUUGCUCAUCGAUCGGCGGCGCGCUCGCAACGUGGAACCAGCCCAUCGAGGUUAUCCGCGUCGAGAUGCAGUCCAUGGCCAAAGCCGUCCCGGGCAGCAACAGGCCCGAGAAGCUCACCAUCGGCAACACGUUUGCGUACAUCUACAAGGAGAACGGCAUCAAGGGCCUCUACAGGGGUGUCACGCCACGAAUCUUCUUGGGUGUCUGGCAGACGAUCUGCAUGGUCAGCUUCGCCGACUAUGUGCGCGAAUUUAUCGGUUCCAAGUAA